UCAUCCUCUUUAUACUUUUCGUUAAUCAGUUGUUUUGUUUUGCUGAAUGAUGAGAAAAUAAUUAAAUUGAUCUCUCUUCUAAGUUAAAAUGGAUUUUAAUUAAGAAAGUAUUUUAAUGCUAAUUUUUUAUUGUUAUUUUUCUAAAACAUUAGUGACAAGGUGAAACUAUAGAUGGAGAAAGAGAGAGCUCAUUUUACUUAUAUAUAAUAUGCUUUGUUACGUCGAUUAACUUGUGCAUUCCUUCUUCUUAUGUUAUUCACUUGUAUAUACGAUUGUUUUGUAGAUUAACUUGUUCAUCCAUCCUUCUUUUGUUCUUUUACAAACAAAAGGAUAAGAAAGCUCGAAUUUCUGGUGAUCAGAAUAUGGCUGAUCAGGAUUUGCCCUCCGUUAUAAACGUAGUUCUUGUAGUCAAGCUUCUAGACCAUGUUGCAGCUAUUCAAAACCAAAACACUGGGAAAUCGUAUGCUCACCAGAUUAAGGAAGAAAAUGAUAAAUUCAUGAUGGAGAAAGAAACGAAGAUGGAAGAAUCUAAUAACCUUGCAGAAGCAGAGUUAAUAAUAGCGAUGAAAGAGAAGUCACGGAUGGAGCAUGAGAAUACCAUGAAUAUGAUGACAACACACAACGUGGAGCAUGAGCUAAAACAAAAAGAGGAAACACAUGAACAAGAGAUGAUGAUGCAUUAUGUGAUCGAUGUCUCCGACUCUGCUGCUGAUCGUAAUAAAGUACUAAUAAAAGAUCAAACACAUAGUAGAUUCGGUGUGCUUGUUGCAAAACUUUCAAAUUAUCAUUUACUUUUAUUUUGUGUGUUUUAUUGUUUUUGCUUUUUUUACUUUUGCAUUUUCCCAACUCUAUUGUAAAAUGUUAUUGUCAAAGGUGUCUCUAUACAUGUACAAAACCUUGUUUACCCAAAUAAAAUGUAUCUAUCAAAACA